GUCCGCAGAGGGAGGCGUGCUGAGAGCCUGUCUGCUUCAUCUGUCUUUGCAGACUGACGGUCUGGAAACUGAGUAAACCCAUCGAUAACAAGCCAUGGCUGCCAAGCGUGCGAUGGUCAUUUUGGCAAAAGGAGCCGAGGAGAUGGAGACGGUUAUACCGGUGGACGUCAUGCGUAGAGCUGGGAUCACAGUAACCCUGGCCGGACUGAGUGGCAAGGAGCCAGUGCGUUGCAGCCGGGAUGUGCUCCUUUGCCCAGAUGCCAGCCUGGAAGAUGCACGGAAACAGGGUCCUUAUGAUGUUGUGGUCCUGCCAGGAGGAAACCUGGGAGCCCAGAACCUCUCCGAGUCCUCUGCUGUGAAGGAUGUGUUGAAGGAUCAGGAAAGCAGUAAGAGGCUGAUUGCAGCGAUCUGUGCAGGACCCACCGCCCUUCUGGCGCACGGCAUUGCCUACGGAAGCAAAGUCACCACUCACCCGCUGGCCAAGGACAAGAUGAUGACUGGAGAUCACUACCAGUACUCCGAGUCUCGCGUGGAAAAGGACGGUAACCUCAUCACAAGCCGCGGGCCUGGGACCAGCUUUGAGUUUGCGCUGGCCAUCGUGGAAGCCCUAAUGGGCAAGGAGGUGGCCGACCAAGUGAAAGCUCCGAUGGUGCUGAAAGACUAGAGACCAGCCCUUCCGCGGGACUCGGACGAAACAAAGGGCACUCGUCAGGCAGCUGUCGCCUGCAGCCUUUUAAUUUCACCUUGUUGAUUAUCAUCUGGGAAACCCUGCACGCUUCGGUGACUGUGCCCAGCCCCCAGCUUGGCAGCACCGCGGGUAGAUGCCGAAAUGCAUCUCGCAGUCAAUGAUUGUGUUGCUUUUAUAGUUUUAUUUCUUGUAGUUUUGACAAAGGGUGGGCGUCUGCUUGAUCAAACUUCAAUAAAGUUGAAAUGGAA